AUCACACCGAGGAAAUGGGAACGGAGAGUCGCGGCCCUAAUUAAGCCAUUUUAAAAUAUAAAUCUUCAUCGUAUUUAUGUAACUCGGGUGAAUGCUGUUGUUGUUUACACUUAUUGACAGUGAUAACGUAGAUUAGUAAAAGAUCCAGGCCCGGGCCUCAGUCCGCGGUCUUGAGUUGAACAGCCAUUCGACAUCAGAGCGAGUGAGCCGGUGUGAUCAGCAGAGCCCGGCUGCACAUCAUGGGCGACAGCAGAGAUUCUCGUAGUCCAGACAGUUCAUCCGUUUCCUCACCACCAUCAGGUCAGCGUUCGCCACCGUUGACCCCUUCAGCCGCCGCCAUGACCUCCCUGCCACCCAUCACUUCGGCUGUGAACAGUCCCAUCAGCAGCAUGGGCUCACCCUUCUCCGUCAUCAGCUCCUCUCUGGGUUCUCCUUGCCUUCCUGGAACUCCCUCAGUAGGCUACGGCCCCAUCAGCAGCCCACAGAUGAACAUGUUUGCCAGAAACACAGAGAUCAACUCCACCGUGUCCAUGUCGGGUCUGCACGCAGUCAGCAGCUCUGAUGAUGUCAAACCGCCUUUCGGUUUGAAGCCGAUGUCCGCCCACAGCCCAGGGCCCAUGGUCUCUCAGAAACGCUUGUGUGCCAUCUGUGGGGAUCGCUCCUCUGGCAAGCACUACGGCGUGUACAGCUGUGAGGGGUGCAAGGGCUUUUUCAAGCGCACUGUGAGGAAGGACUUGAGCUACACAUGCAGAGACAUUAAGGACUGCCUGGUGGACAAACGCCAGAGGAAUCGCUGCCAGUACUGCCGCUACCAGAAGUGCCUGGCCAUGGGGAUGAAGAGAGAGGUGGUCCAAGAUGAACGACAACGAUCCGUUCAGGAGGAGCGUCAGAGGAACAAGGAGCGUGAAGGAGAGGUUGAGUCCACCAGCCCCGCGAAUGAAGAGAUGCCUGUAGAGAAGAUUCUAGAAGCAGAGAUGGCCGUGGAGCAGAAGACCGAGCUGCAUGCGGAUGGCAGCUCAGGGGGAAGCUCUCCGAACGACCCAGUCACAAAUAUCUGCCAGGCAGCUGAUAAACAGCUGUUCACUUUGGUGGAGUGGGCAAAACGGAUCCCUCACUUCAGUGAGCUGUCUCUGGAUGACCAGGUCAUCCUGCUGCGUGCUGGCUGGAAUGAGCUACUGAUCGCGUCAUUCUCUCAUCGCUCCAUCACGGUGAAGGAUGGCAUUCUGCUGGCCACCGGCCUCCACGUGCACAGGAACAGUGCUCACAGCGCAGGGGUGGGAGCCAUCUUUGACAGGGAGAGUGCGCACAAUGCAGAGGUUGGGGCCAUAUUCGACAGGGUGUUGACGGAGCUGGUGAGCAAGAUGAGGGACAUGCAGAUGGAUAAAUCAGAGUUGGGCUGCCUGAGAGCCAUCAUCCUCUUCAACCCAGAUGCAAAGGGAUUGUCAAGCCCAAGUGAAGUGGAGUUACUGAGAGAGAAGGUCUAUGCAUCGCUGGAGGCUUAUUGUAAACAGAGAUAUCCUGACCAGCAGGGCAGGUUUGCCAAGCUCCUCCUCCGGCUGCCAGCGCUGCGCUCUAUUGGCCUUAAGUGCCUGGAGCACCUGUUCUUCUUCAAGCUGAUUGGAGACACCCCAAUCGACACCUUCUUAAUGGAAAUGCUUGAAGCGCCACAUCAGCUGACCUAACCUGGACCAGUCUCGAUCCAGUUCAGUCCGGUUUGCACCAGGGUAUCGCACCCCCCCCCCCCCCCCCCCCCCCCCCCCCGCGGGGGGGGGGGGGGGCGGGAGGGCGGCGCCUCGUCGGCGCGAGGACCGGAGGUCCUCCUCUCCGCGGCUGCCGGU